AAGUUUCAAGCUUUGUUUGGAAAGUGACUACCAAAACAGCCCAGUACACGACUCCGCUCCGAACCCGAGGCGUCGCGACCGCGGCUGUUUCCGAAACCAAUUAACGCGCGUUAAUAGACGCUUGGCAACAUACUUUUGAUCAAAAGUGCGUUCACACAGUACGAUCGAGAUGACAGCGGCUUUGUUUUUGUUAGCAAGUAACGUUAGGUAGCGAAUGCCGAUCAUGACCGAAGUGUCAGGCUGUUUGGGCACAAAGCAGCGGAUGGGAAGCGAUAGACGGGCCCGGUUGUCCUGUGCUGCGAGCGCACGCGGAUCCCUCGCGCCUUGACCUCUCACCUGCGGGUUUACCGAGCGGCUCUGAGUCUGCACGCGAUGGAGAGCGUCGGGAGGUUCGAGUUCAACAGGAAGGACUUGAUAGGACACGGCGCCUUCGCCGUGGUGUUCAGAGGAAGACACAAACAGAAACACGAUUUUGAAGUGGCGGUGAAAUGCAUCAACAAGAAAAACCUCGCCAAGUCGCAGUCGCUCCUCGGAAAAGAAAUCAGGAUAUUAAAGGAGCUGAAACAUGAGAACAUUGUCAGUUUACUGGACUUUCAGGAGAUAUCGGGAUGUGUCUAUCUUGUCAUGGAGUACUGCAAUGGAGGAGACCUGGCUGAGUAUUUACACUCUAAAGGCUCUCUGAGCGAGGACACGAUCCGUGUGUUGCUGCAGCAGUUAGCGGGAGCCAUGAGUGUUUUGAGGAGUAAGGGCAUCAUCCACCGUGACCUGAAGCCCCAAAACAUCCUUCUUUCUUACAGCGCUGGGCGCAAGUCUAACCCCAACAACAUCUGCAUCAAACUGGCUGAUUUUGGCUUUGCACGGUAUCUGCAGGGAAACACGAUGGCUGCUACGCUCUGUGGCUCUCCAAUGUACAUGGCUCCCGAGGUUAUCAUGUCACAGAAUUAUGAUGCCAAAGCUGACCUGUGGAGUGUAGGGACCAUCAUCUACCAGUGCUUGACCGGCAAAGCCCCGUUUCAGGCGAGUACUCCUCAGGAACUGCGGCAGUUCUAUGAAAGAAACCGGAGCCUGAGUCCCAGUAUUCCACGGGAAACCUCCAGUCACCUCAGACACCUUCUGCUCGGGUUGCUGCAGAGGAACCACGGGGAACGCAUGGACUUCGAUGAAUUUUUCCACCAUCCUUUUCUGGAGGCUAGUGCAUCCAUGAAGAAAUCCUCUCCAGUGCCCAUGCCCACCUAUCCCAGCUCUGCCUCUGGGAGCUCCAGCAGCGGUUCCUCGACCUCUCGCCUCACUCCUACUCAGUCUGAAACUGAAGCUCCGAGGCCCCUCCCUCAAACGAACCCCACACCAUCUCCAGGUUCCCUGCUGAAGGACUCAUCUUCCUCAGACUCUGAUGACUUUGUAAUGGUGCCGGCUCAGUUCACCAGUGAGCUAGUCAGUGCAGGAGGGCAGGAAAGCCUGAUGCGCAGCGGGAGCUCACUGAUGGGUGUGGGUCAAACACCUUCAUCCUCCCCAUCUGUCAAAGCCUCUCCAAGCCCUUCCAGGCCUCUGGAGUCGUGUGCCAGUAGUUACGCUCAAUCCGUGCCGGUUCCAGUGCCGACCCAAAAACGCAACUAUCAGAGGAUGGAGCAGAACCUACAAGAGUCUGACAGGACAGCAGCACCUUUACAACACUGCUGCUCAAAUGGGGUUUCAACAUGUGGGAGAAUCAGGGCUUCUCCAGAAUCAGUAGGAUCCAGACCGUAUCUACCCUCCCCACAGGUGGGAAAUGUUCCUGAAACGCCCGAUCAGCCAGAACCUGUUGGCAGCAGGACAGGGUUGCAUAGCGCAGAUGUAUAUAAACAGCCCGGUCAGGUCUCUCCUCUCUUCACUGACAUCACAGCCAUGGACAAAAACCAGUCCCACAGACUCAGAGGUCAUCGGCACAAUCCAGAAACUGUGGUGCACAGAUGGGAUUUAAGUAGGCGACCCAUCUCUGGUCCAACUCCGAGUGCAGCGCUGGUUCAGAGAGGCCUGAUCACGCGAAACAAGACCAUGUCUGACCUGAAAGAUCUGGCGCAGUACCCAGCUGCAGGGCUCCGCGUGCCACUUCUCAGGCCAGCGGAAAGAAGGGACACCGUCAAAAGGUCAUUAAGCACCGGCCGCCUCUCAGAUAAGCUGCUGAAAGCCGUGUUUGGACAUCAGUUUGACAGGGGCAGCUGUGAGAGCUUAAAUUCAGAGAAACCCAUGGACACAACGGCCCCCUCUGGUGUCAGUGAUGGGACAGAGCCGGGCUGUCCAAGCAGUCCUGCUGGAGUCGUGUUCGUGCUGGGCUCCCCUGAAUCUGGUCACACGCCUCCUCACGCCACUCGACCUAGACGCUUCUCAGUGGGCACUCCCAGCCCAACAAGCCCUGGCUGGACCUAUGGUCAUUUGCACGAGGCUUACGGCUCGCCCGAUAGUCUGCGAUAUGGUUACACGGAUGCCAUGGCAACAAACCUCAGUGAGGGUGUGGCCUUUGUGCCACCUGAACUGCCAGAGGAGACGCUCAUGGAGGAGGGGCAUACAGACUUGCUGAGCCAGCUGCGCUUCAUUUUAGCCUUUGCCCACUGCAUCACAGAGGUCGCUGGAGCAAAGGACGGUGGGACUGAGAGGAAUAUGGCACUUGAUGCUUCGUUCUUAGAGCAGAGUAUGGUGGCCGACCAGAUCAGCCUGCUGAGCCGCGAGUGGAGCUCUGCAGAGCAGCUGGUCCUCUAUAUGAAGUGCGCUGAGCUGCUGUCUUCUGCGCUUCACACAGCGAUGGCUGGGAUCAAAGAAGGCAAACUCUACCCGUCGGGAUCUGUUAAACAAGUAGUACGUAAGCUGAACGAGAUGUAUAAGAAGAGCGUGAACUCCUGCCGUUCUCUCACUGAGAAACUCCAGCUCUUCUUCACCAGCAAACAAAGAUUGAUGGACCGCAUCAACAGCAUUACCGCUGAGAGACUCAUCUACACACACACCAUUCAGAUGGUACAGACGGCAGCACUAGACGAGAUGUUUCAUCAUGGAGAAACCUCUGCAGAGCGAUACCAUAAGGCCUUACUGCUGAUGGAGGGUCUGUCCUUAAUUAUUACAGAGAAUGAUGAUCUAAACAAUAUCAACAAAUGUAAACAGUGCAUUGAGCGACGGCUCUCCUCCCUCCAGCCCAAAGGAUUUGUGUGAUGAACCCUCGUGGUUUUUGCUCUGCAUCAAACCCUAAACAUCUACAUAUAAUUUCAUGCCAUUUAAAAUUCUGUAAAAGGAAAAACCCACACUCACCCAUUCAUUAAAAAUGUGAUACUUGGCUUCCAAAGCCAAAAAAAGGUGAGAAAAGACGUUUUCGUAAUAGACAGAGAUGAAAUCUCUCUCUCUCUCUCUCUCUCUCUCUCUCUCUCUCUCUCUCUCUCUCUCUCUCUCUCUAUAUAUAUAUAUAUAUAUAUAUAUAUAUAUAUAUAAACAAAAACAACAUCUAUGGACUUAAACAUCUAUUUUGUUCACUUUAAAAGAAUAUAGAGUGAAUCAUGACGGCAUCAUUGGUUGAAUAGGUGUCAUGUUUAAAUGCUUUGACCUCUGAAUUUAUACCAAUGCAUGAUUGCACUUCCUCAGAGAUUAAUUUAAUAUUAGUACUACAAUGUUGCAGCCAGCGUUGGGGUCUGAAAGAGUAACAGCUUGGAUGCUUUUCAUUCUGUUGUACUAAAACAUGCCUGUAGCAUUAGUCUCAUGAAGUUACCUGGAAGGAUCCUGUUUUUGACUUAUUCUGCAUGUUUUUGCAUGAUUCUGAGGAAAUGAUAGUUAUCUACUGUAUCUGAAGGGAAUUCAUAAUAAUGACUAAUAAUUAAACCUCUGUGGCCACCAAACCAUUGCUGGAACAGCAGCCGGUGGUGGAUGCGUAGUAUUCAGUGUUACAUCUGUAAGGCUGUAAUGUGGCAAUUGACCAAAAUCGUGGCAGACCUUUGUAGACCUACUGAUAAAGUCAGUUGUCAUAUGAGGUUGGGGAAAAAUACUUGAUUUGUAUUAUAUUGACAAUCAUACUGUUAUUUUAUUCGUGUGUGUGUGUGUGUGUGUGUGUGUGUGUGUGUGUGUGUGUGUAAAAUAGUGAAGCACUUUAUAAACCCAUUUGCCUUCUGGAUGCCUGAAACUGCAGAACCACUGCAGAGACGAGCGUCAUGGCUCGUUUCAGGUUAAUUAACGCCUGAAAGUCAUAGGAAAUGCAAUACAGUCAUAUGCAAAGACAGUCAGUAUCUUGUGUGUAGCGUUUUAUAUUUAUCUGUUUUAGCUGUCCGUCUGAAAGUGGUGUUUUAGUUUUCAGUUUGCUUCAGAAUCUAUUGCAAGUAAAGGACUUUUGCACAACUUGCUGGGAUGACUAGGUCUUUAGCUUUUGUUGUGAUUUGAUAGUGCCUUAAAUGACCUAGCGGAUUUAAUUUCACACUCUGAAACUUACAACUUGUUAUACUUCCAGCGUUUCAUGUCACAUUCUUUACUUGCACUAUUUUUGCUUUUUCCAAUGAUGAAAAACUCUAAAGGUGUUUUUACCUUAUUAAGCUUCAUAUAAAGGUUUUUUAAGGCAUUUAAACAGCAUUGUGUGUGGUAGAAUGAUCGAUGAAUGCACGUGAGACUUUUUUAAAAUAUUAACGAUGUUAAAUUGAGGACAAUUAACUAUUUUGUAUAUGUUGUUGUUGCAGUAUUUAUGUUGUUUUCUGAUAUUUUUGUCUUUUUAUUUCCAUUCGCAAAGCCAAAAUGAAAAAUAUGUGCAGAAUGCAUGUGGUAUUGGUGUGCGUAAUUAAAUAAAUUUCACUUUUAUAUUUA